AUGGAAAAAAUCCACAGUGGCCACCAAGGAAUCGUUCGUUGCAGACUGCGAGUCGCCCAAUCAGUAUGGUGGCCAGGUGCCUCAAAAACCAUGGAGACAUUUGUCACACACUGUCCAGAAUGCCAAAAGAACACAGCUCCCCACAGAGAGCCCCUCAUGCCAUCAAAACUACCCAGCUAUCCUUGGGAGAAAGUGGGGACAGAUUUGUUCGAAAUUGAUAAGACUACAUACUUAAUCGUGGUCGACUAUUUUUCUCGAUUUAUCGAAGUACAGAAACUUUCGAACACAACAGCAUCUGGAGUGAUUACAGCACUGAAAGCUAUAUUCGCACGGCAUGGAAUUCCUUCAAUUAUGAUCAGCGACAAUGGCCCUCAAUAUAACUGCAAAGAAAUGAGGGAAUUCGCAGGCAAGUAUAACUUUUGCCAUAUCACCAGCAGCCCUUACCACCCACAGUCAAACGGUCUAGCUGAAAGGUCAGUCAAGACGGCUAAACUACUCUUGAAGGACUCUCCAGACCCAUGCAAGGCUCUGCUGAGCUACAGGGCAACCCCCCUACCUUCUUGUGGUUUUAGUCCAGCUGAACUCCUUAUGGGACGAAAAAUUCGUACUGAUGUCCCACAAAUUCAGAGUACAUUCGUACCAAAGUGGUCAUAUCUCAAAGAAUUUAAAGAAACCGAUGAGAAGAACAAGCAUAAACAAAAACGUGAUUACGACCAACGACACCGUGCCCGACCACUAAUGCCGCUACCUGAACAUACACCCGUAUGGGUAGACACUCCACAUGGACAGGUUCCAGGGAGUAUUGUGACAACCUCUACACAACCACGCUCCUACCAAGUUGAUACACCAUCAGGUGAAGUUCGCAGGAACAGAGUACAGUUACGACUUCGAGGUGAAACUGAGACCAAUGAAACCGAUGUGCCUCCUGUACCAACUGAACGGAACACUCGAUCAAAAACUGGAUCAGCCCCAGGUCCCCCGGACUAUUUACGUUGUUGA